CCCCUGCUGGGGUUGGCAGGUUUUGGCUGGGAUUGAUCUUUCUCUUCAAACAGAUCGGAAACCCGGAGUUACCUGCUAGUUGGUGAAACUAGUUGGUAGACGGGAUCUGCUCGCUGCCAUCAGCCUCCCCUGGCUGUUAAAAGCAGAUGGUGGCUGAGGUUGGUUCCAUGCCGGCUGCCUCCUCUGUGAAGAAGCCAUUUGGUUUCAGGAGGAAGAUGGGCAAGUGGUGCUGCCCCUGCUUCCCCUGCUGCAAGGGGAGCAGGAAGAGCAACACAGGCGCUUCUGGAGGCCAGGACAACUCUGCUAUGAAGACACUCAGGAGCAAGAUGGGCAAGUGGUGCUGUCACUGCCUCCCCUGCCUCAGGGGGAGCGGGAAGGUGGACGCUUCUGGAGACCAGGAUGACUCCGCUGUGAACACAGUCAGGAGCAGCAAGAGCAACGGGGGCGCUUCUGGAGACCAGGAUGACUCCGCUGUGAACACAGUCAGGAGCAGCAAGAGCAACGGGGGCGCUUCUGGAGACCAGGAUGACUCCGCUGUGAACACAGUCAGGAGCAGCAAGAGCAACGGGGGCGCUUCUGGAGACCAGGAUGACUCCGCUGUGAACACAGUCAGGAGCAGCAAGAGCAACGGGGGCGCUUCUGGAGACCAGGAUGACUCCGCUGUGAACACAGUCAGGAGCAGCAAGAGCAACGUGGGUGCUUGGGAAGAAUACGACGACAGUGCCUUCAUGGAGCCGAGGUACCACGUCCGUCGAGAAGAUCUGGACAAGCUCCACAGAGCUGCCUGGUGGGGUAAAGUCCCCAGAAAGGAUCUCAUCGUCAUGCUCAGGGACACUGACGUGAACAAGACGGACAAGCAAAAGAGGACUGCUCUACAUCUGGCCUCUGCCAAUGGGAAUUCAGAAGUAGUAAAACUCCUGCUGGACAGACAAUGUCAACUUAAUGUCCUUGACAACAAAAACAGGACAGCUCUGACAAAGGCCAUACAAUGCCAAGAAGAUGAAUGUGCGUUAAUGUUGCUAGAACAUGGCACUGAUCCAAAUAUUCCAGAUGAGUAUGGAAAUACUGCUCUACACUAUGCUAUCUACAAUGAAGAUAAAUUAAUGGCCAAAGCACUGCUUUUAUAUGGUGCUGCUAUUGAAUCAAAAAACAAGCAUGGCCUCACACCACUGUUACUUGGUGUACAUGAACAAAAACAGCAAGUGGUAAAAUUUUUAAUCAAGAAAAAAGCUAAUUUAAAUGCACUUGAUAGAUAUGGAAGAACUGCUCUCAUACUUGCUGUACGUUGUGGAUCAGCAAGCAUAGUCAGCCUUCUACUUGAGCAAAAUAUUGAUGUAUCUUCUCAAGAUCUAUCUGGACAGACGGCCAGAGAGUAUGCGGUUUCUAGUCAUCAUAAUGUAAUUUGCCAAUUAUUUUCUGACUACAAAGAAAAACGUAUGCUAAAAAUCUCUUCUGAAAACAGCAAUCCAGAACAAGACUUAAAGCUGACAUCAGAGGAAGAGUCACAAAGGCUUAAAGGCAGUGAAAAUAGCCAGCCAGAGAAAAUGUCUGAAGAACCAGAAAUAAAUAAGGAUUGUGACAGAGAGGUUGAAGAAGAAGUGAAGAAGCACGGAAGUAAUCAUGUGGGAUUACCAGAAAACCUGGCUGAUGGUGCUGCUGCUGGCAGUGGUGAUGAUGGAUUAAUUCCACAAAGCAAGAGCAGAACACCUGGAAGUCAGCAAUUUCCUGACACUGAGAAUGAAGAGUGUCACAGUGACGAACAAAAUGAUACUCAGAAGCAAAUUUCUGAAGAACAGAGCACUGGAAUAUCACAAGAUGAGAUUCUGACUAAUAAACAAAAGCAGAUAGAAGUGGCUGAAAAGAAAAUGAAUUCUGAGCUUUCUCCUUGUCCUAAGAAAGAAAAAGAUCUCUUGCAUGAAAAUAGUACGUUGCAGGAAGAAAUUGCCAUGCUAAGACUGGAGCUAGACACGAUGAAACAUCAGAGCCAGCUAAGAGAAGAGAAAUAUUUGGAGGAAAUUGAAAGCAUGAAAAAAGAGGAUGAUGAUCUUUUAAAGGCUAUGCAGUUGAAUGAGCUCACCGUGGAUGAUGAUACCGCCGUGCUCGUCAUUGACAACGGUUCCGGCAUGUGCAAGGCUGGAUUUGCGGGCGAUGAUGCCCCCCGGGCUGUCUUCCCUUCCAUCGUGGGGCACCCCAGGCACCAGGGCAUAAUGGGGGGCAUGGGUCAGAAGGAGUCCUAUGUGGGCAACGAAGCCCAGAGCAAGAGAGGCAUCCUGACCCUGAAGUACCCCAUGGAGCGUGGCAUCAUCACCAAUUGGGACGACAUGGAGAAGAUCUGGCACCACACCUUCUACAACGAGCUGUGUGUGGCUCCCAAGGAGCACCCCAUCCUGCUGACCGAGGCCCCCCUCAACCCCAAGGCCAACCGCGAGACGAUGACCCAGAUCAUGUUUGAGACCUUCAACACCCCAGCCAUGUACGUGGCCAUCCAGGCCGCACUGUCCCUGUACACCUCUGGCCGUACCACUGGCAUCGUGAUGGACUCCGGUGACGGGGUCACCCACAGUGUGCCCAUCUAUGAGGGGAAUGCCCUCCCCCAUGCCACCCUGCGCAUAGACCUGGCCGGCCGGAACCUGACUGACCACCUCAUGAGGCUCCUCACGGAGCGUGGCUACAGCUUCACCACCACGGCUGAGCGGGAAAUCGUGCGUGACAUCAAGGAGAAGCUGUGCUAUGUCGCCCUGGACUUUGAGCAGGAGAUGGCCACAGUGGCCUCCAGCUCCUCCCUAGAGAAGAGCUACCAGCUGCCCGAUGGCCAGGUCAUCACCAUCGGCAACGAGCGGUUCCGCUGCCCCGAGGCGCUCUUCCAGCCUUCCUUCCUGGGCAUGGAAUCCUGUGGCAUCCACAAAACUACCUUCAACUCCAUCAUGAAGUCUGACGUGGACAUCCGCAAAGACCUGUACAGCAACACAGUGCUGUCUGGCGGCACCACCAUGUACCCUGGCAUGGCCGACAGGAUGCAGAAGGAGAUCACUGCCCUGGCGCCCAGCACAAUGAAGAUCAAGAUCAUUGCUCCGCCGGAGCGCAAGUACUCCGUGUGGGUCGGUGGCUCCAUCCUGGCCUCGCUGUCCACCUUCCGGCAGAUGUGGAUCACCAAACAGGAGUAUGAUGAGUCAGGCCCCUCCAUUGUCCACCGCAAAUGCUUCUAGGUGGACUGUGACUUAGUUGCGUUACACCCUUUCUUGACAAAACCAAACUUUGCAGAAAACAAGAUGAGAUUGGCAUGGCUUUAUUUGUUUUAUUGUUUCAAUUUUUUUUUUUUUAAUUGGCUUGACUUAGGAUUUAAAAACUGGAAUGCUGAAGGUGACAGCAGUUGGUUGGAGCGAGCAUCCCCCAAAGUUCUACAAUGUGGCUGACGACUCUGAUUUUACAUUGUUCUUCUUUUCAAUAGUCAUUCCAAAUAUUGUGAGAUGCAUUGUUUCAGGAAGCCCCUUGCCCUCCUAAAAGCCACCCCACUUCUCUCUAAGGAGAAUGGCCCAGUCCUCUCCCAAGUUCACACAGGGGAGAUGAUAGCAUUGCUUUCGUGUAAAUUACGUAAUGCAAAGUUUUUAAAAUCUUUGCCUUAAUACUUUUUAAUUUUGUUUUAUUUUGAACAGUUUUCAUGGCCCCCUUUUUUGUACCCCAACUCAGGGUGUAUGAAGGCUUUUGGUCCCCCUGAGAGUGGCUGGAGGCAGCCAGGGCUUACCUGUACUCUGACUUGAGAAGAAUUGGAUGAAAGUGCACACCUUAAAAAAAAUUGAUUGAGGAAGCACAGUAUUUCAGUACAGUGGACAACUUAGCAUUUUGACAACUGAGAAUAAAAUGCUUAGUUCUGGACAAUGUAAGACACACCAAGGAAACACUGGAAAUGGAAAUUCAAUUAUGUCAUUGUGGACUGGCUCCUGGCUACUGCUCUACGUGAUUGUGACCAAAGUCAGAUAGCUGAAAGAGACUUCUUUCCAGAGAACAAGACAUGAACAGGUUUAUUUACAGAAAACAGUGAAUUCUCAUAUAUCUAACCUAAAAGAUAUCAGGUUCUUUCUGAACAAGUCUAAUGUAGACAGUAAAAUCAACAGGCUAAAAAUUAAGCUCCAUCAAACAAGAUAAACUCUGAGAGAAAAGACAGGGCAGGCCACCAUCUUUCCUGUUCAGGCAACUUAGUCAUUCCAGCCUGCCCCGACCAGGGGCAGAAGAGAUCCCGCAGCGCAGCGCAGCUGCUUUACCAGAUCACGGCCAGACUGCUUCUGUAAGCAGGCCCCUGAUCCUGUUCUACCUCACUGGACAGGACUUCCCAACUGGGGCCUCCAGCUACCUCCACCAGCAUUCCUUGACCAAUGGAAAUUUGAAAUGUUCCUGAGACAGAGCUCCCAGAGAGAGGGGCAGGCCACCUCCUUUGCUGUUUGGAUGACUAGCCAUUCUGGCCUGCAGGCUUUGGAGAGCCCAAGCUGACAAGGGGUGGAAAAGGUACCACAGCACAGCACAGCCACGCUAUGAAAAUGUGGCCAGCCUCUUGUUUACGUCAGUCACCGACCACAUUUCUGGUCAGUGAGUGAAGUCUUUCAACCAGGGUCUCCGGCUACCUUGACUGCUGUUCUCUGGCUGACAGAGGUCUCAGGCCUCCCUGAGUCAGAGCUCCCAGGGGGAGGACCAGACUGUUUACUGUUUGGGUGACUCAGCCAUUUCAGCCUUAGGGCUUCACAGUGUCUGAGGCAACCAGGGGCUGAAGUGAACCCCCAGCACAGCUCAGCUGCUCUACAAAAACGUGGCCAGACGUUUUUUUAGAGCAAGUCCCUGUUGUUCUUCCUCCUGACUAGGUGAAACUUCUCCACUUGCCUCCAGCCACGUCUUACAGGUGUGUUCAGAUUGGCAACAGGUUCACACCUCAGUGGUAUAGAGCUCCCAGAGGAAGGGGCAGGCUAUCAUCUUCCCUGGAAAAUAUGAGGCAAUUAGGGAUGGGAGAGGACCCCCAGCAUACCACAGCAACCUUCAGAAAAGUGGCCGGACUCUCUGCUUGAUGGGCAGGUCUUCCUGGCCUGGGCCUCCAGCCAGCCCACACCGGAGCUAUCAAGCCAGCAGCAACUGCCAGUUCCCUGGACAGAGCUUCCAGGAGCCACUGAAAUCCUUUCUGCCACGGCCUCUGCAGUGGAACUGCCCUUGCUACCCUCAGAAUAUCAAGGGAGCAAAGAUCCUAAGUGCCAUAACAACACCUCCAAUAAGCUGCAGUUUACCCAACGAAUAAGCCAGUCCGUCUCCCAUGUGCACGACACACCCUCCACUGCUCAUCACCAGACAGGGAACCCUGGCUUGGGCCCACAGCACAGACCCUCCAUCCUGGGCUGAUCACACUAAGUGAUUGCUGACUCACAUGUCUCCGGGAUGGAGCGCCCAGGAGAGAAGCAAAGUGGUGGAGCAGCAAGUCAGGUGAUGUGGAGCCCAGAGGGCAGGGACAGCUCUCUCUCUAGGGUCCACUUGCCCUCGUGAGACACUUUAUCCUGGCACUUUAGGAAUGCUGCGGUCAGACCAGCCACAUCUCAUGUGCAAGAUUGCCCAGCAGAGAUCAGAUCUGAGAGUUCCCCUCUUUAAAAAGAGGACUUGCUUAAAAAAGAAGUCUGGCCACGUUUGUGUAAAGCAACUGUGCUGCGCUGGGGGUUCGCUUUUGAGAGAGUUCUCCUCUGAGACCUGAUUUUGCUGUACUUGCCCUGACAGCACACGGGAGUGCAGCACACACCCCAACCUAUACCAACUGCUAUUGACGAAAAGAAUUUUCAGCCCAGAAUUUCAUGUCCAGCAAAAUUAAGCAUCAUAAGUGAAGGAGAAAUAAGAUCCUUUUCAUACAAGCAAAUGCUGAGGGAAAUCAGUAUCACCAGAUCUACCUUAUGAGAGCUCCUGAAGGAAGCACUAAAUAGGGAAAGAAAAGACCACCACCAGCCACUACAAAACCGCACUGAAGUACACAGACCAGUGAUGCUAAAAACCAACCACAUACACAAGUCUGCAAAAUAACCAUCUGACAGCAUGACGACAGGAUCAAAUCCACAUGUACCAUUACUAACCUUAAAUGUAAAUGGGCUAAAUGCUCCAAUUGAAAGACAUGGGGGCAAGCUGGAUGAAGAACCAUACCCAUUGGAGUACGCCGUCUUCAAGAAACCCAUCUCACAUGCCGUGCCAUACAUAGGCUCAAAAUAAAGGAAUGGAAAAAAUCUUUCAAGCAAAUGGAAAACAGAGAAAAGCAGGUGUUGCACUCCUAGUUCCUGACAAAACAGACUAUACCAUUAAAGAUAAAAAAAGAGAAGGACAUUACAAAGGUGGUCCUGACAUUUGAGAAAUCUCAUUGUUGCUUGAUACCAACCUGGGCUAUCUUUAUUGCCCAAACCAAUAGUGUAACUUGCUGAGGUUGGGGAGCUUAACAGAGAGCCUCUGAUCUCCCAAAAUUUGGUUGAGAUCGAAGGUUGAUUUUGUUGUACAACUCUUUUCUGAAGUUUUACUCAUUUCCAACAAGGAAGGCAAGUUUUCCUGCUUCCAUGACGAUGGAGAACAGGCACCUCCUUUCCUGAGUUUCAGCUUGCUUCUUACAGGGAAGAUUAUAAAGGAGAACAGCAAGAGGUCCCCAGGAAACAUCCACAGAUGGCAUUGGAAAUAAGUCACCUUCUGAGAAGCAUGUCAUGUUCUAGGAAGGCUAAGGCAUCAAGUAAGGCCUAUGGGGUUGGAGGAUCCCUGGGCAGGUGGGGCAAUCCACAGCCUUGGAGUCUUCCCAUGGGAAUCGGGAGGUCCUGAGGCAGAGGCAGUGGUUCCACAGGAGGAGUUACAGAGCCACCAAGGGCUUUCCUGGCCCAGGGAGCAGUCAACACCAUGGACUGAACACCUGCUGGGCUCAAAGUCCUGGUCCAGACUGGGGCAUGUGGGGCCAGGAGGGAACUUGGAGUGGGAGACAGAGAGACAAGUGUGCUCAAAGGGCACCUGUUUCUGGAAGUAGUGUGGUCCAGAGAUUUUGCCUGGGAAGGACUUCCAGGGUUUCGUAUGUGUUGUGGAGCUGCUUCCUCUCCCCAGCCUCACCCUGCAGGAAUGCCAGUGAAUAUGUUGCCGCCAUCUUGGAGCUCAGUGCCCUCAUAGUGUAACGGCACCAGCAGAUCUGCUUGUGCACGGACUUCCUGUACUACCUCAUUCCUGAGGAGCAAUGCUUCUGCAGGGCCUCUGACUUGGUGCACAAGUUCAGACACCAUCAUCCUGGAGCAGUACCGCACCCUCACUAGCCAGGGUGUUGAUGACUUCCUUGAGGCCAAGCCCACGUUCAAGGCUUCGGAGUUCAUUGAUGCACUUGUGCUGAGCAAGGCAGACUUCUCCGGGAUCUUAAUUCAGGAGGUAGAAUGGAGCUUGAGAUCAAGCAUCUGAUGAAAGAACUUGCACUUGAUCUGGAGGGCUCUGGGGAGCCAUGGAAGGUGCUGAAUAAAGGAGUGACAGUCAGAUUCGUUUUAGAGAUGACUGUAGAAGGCUGCCUAGGAGUGAACAAGAGCCAGGAGACCAGGGAGGGAGCUUGUGGGACAGGUCUGGAGAUGGCAAGGGAGGGAUCCUGCUUGGAUGAAAGGUCUUCAGGCACUGUCUCAUGUUACACUCAGGUGCCCUCAGAGCUAGUAUGUUGAGUCUUACCUCCAGGAUGAAAAUGGGAAGGAGUUGUCAGAUGAGGACAUAGAAAUGGAGGCUGGCAUAUUCAUGAGUGCCGGUGGUGGUCCCGGUGUGGGACUACUGUGGGAACAGGGGUCUUUCCAUUCAGGGAUGUGGUGGAUGGACCCUACGUCACUCCAUUCUGCCCUUCCUUUCCCUCCUCCCAUUCUCCUAAAAGCCUCAGUGCAUGGGCGCUGUUCAUCCUCUGAUGCUGAAGCAGCCAAGAGUCACAAGCCUGCCUGGCUGUCUCUUAGGAUAUGACAGCAGAGCCAGUGGCCUCUACUGGAUCCUGUACAACUUCACAAAACACCCAGACACCAGGAGUGCUGCCAGCACGUGGUGCAACAGUUCUGAGGGACCACAGUCCUGAAGACAUUGAAUGACAACGCCGUUAUUGAUGAGAUCACACCCAAGCAGAUCGGAAAUUGGCCCAAUACUUAAACCUACACCAAGGCCUUGGGAGAAAUGGUGGUGCAGCAGGAAAGCAGGAACCUAACCAUCGCCAUCAUAAGGCCCUCCAUUGUGGGAGCAACGUGGCAUAAGCCUUUCCCAGACAGAUACUACUUUGGAGAGUUGGUUUAAUGAGACAAUGUAUGAGGAGAGGAGUGCUCAGACUCUACUAAAAGGGUUGGGUUGAUAAUCUAAAUGGACCUAGCCGACUCAUUAUUGUGGCCAGGAGCGGCCGCUACUCUUGGGCUUGGCCUCCAGCAGCUCCAGUGGGGACGCCGGCGCCACCACGAGGAGACCGCGGACGACUGGAAGUGCCAGGUCUAGGCCCAGGGCUGUGGCGGCAGCGCUGAAGCUACCGAAGACGGG